AUGCCCUCCAAGCUGACCAUCAUGCUCUUUUUGGGACUCUCCUUCCUUUCUUUCUUCGCCCGACCGGCCAACUGUUUCUCAUGGAGGCCCCAUAUGCUUUCUAACGGAGGGAACCAAGUCACAGUUGAAUCAUAUCGCAAACUUUCAGGCGUCUACAGCACCGCUCUGGAAGAGCUCCAACAGUUGGAGUCGGAGCCUCUUUGUCACCGGAUCGCUGCCCGCCAACUCGUGAACAACUGCCAUCUUUUGGAUGGUCAGAACGAGGCGAAGAUACAUACUGACAGUGGAAGAGCGGCGCGGGACUUUGUAGACUUCUAUGCGGCGAGCCUUGCGAUUUGCGACUUGGAACGCGGUAGCUUCACAAUUCCAAAAUCGUGCUUCAAGUUCCGAGAACCAUUCCUGGCUGCGCUUCCUACCCCAACCGUCGCGGAGCUUCACGUCGCGACUAACGAGAUUGAUGAGUGCCUCGAGGGUCUUGCGCAGUCGGAUUCCGCUUGGAACACUUGGGUAAGCUACCGACACAAAGCGCUGAGGUUCUGCGACGCUGCAAGAGUGGACAACCGGAAAGACGAGGACAUCUUCGUUUAUCAAAAAAUCACCAAGAUCCUGGAGAAGCUUACCGACAACAUCGAGGCAGAUAUGGAAGAGCGUUUCCGAUCUCUCAACCGAGCUUUCGACGCCACUAGCCAAUCUGUUGAGAGUAUGGGCCUUCGAGCUAAGCAUUUCCAAAUGGAUAUGGAAAAAGCUGGCGCGAUCCUGCGAAAUGAUCUGCGCCAUGCGGUUCAGGACUCUCGCGAUAUUGUGAGAAGUGGCCUGGAAGAGGCGCAAACACUUCAUGAUCUUUUGGAGAUUCUCGUACAUGCAGUCCAAGAGAGGUCAGACAAUAUUGCUUCGUCCCAGGAGGUUGCUCUUCGAACAAGUACCCAAAAGCUGAACGAUGAGGUUGGACUUCUGAUGACAGCACUCGCCGCAGCGGUCACAUCCUCACAUAGCCAAAUAGAACUGGCGGCAGUCAAGAGUGCGGAUGUCUUGGAGAAACAGGCCAAGAUUGAAGAAGGCAUGACCAAACUGGAAGAACUGGCCGACAACCUGGCCCUCAAAUAUGGCAACCACGAGACUCGAUUGGAUGAGGCUUUGCAGAAGUCCAACCAGGUACUUGACGUUCUUGAAGAGACCGCCGCUUCAGCUGCCGGGCUUCAGGGAUAUAUGUUCAAUGGUCUCGUUUCCUGGCUGUGGCCCUAUGUCGUUUGCCCGUUUCUAUCACUUGUGAUGGGGUCAUACAGGCUUGAGCCUUCAGCCGUGCGAAACCUAUGGCUCUUCAGUAUUGGUGAAGCUAACAGCAUGAACAGCCAGAAUCUUGGCCCUGCAGGAUACGAUCGAGACCGCGAAAUGGACGACAGACACCGAGCUUUACAACAACGCGAGGAGAUGGCCCGUCGGGACCAAGAGCGAGAACGAGAACGUGAGCGCGAUCGUGAGCGCGACCGGGACCGAGAGUCCAACGAACGAUACCAAUCAACACCUCACCAUAGCAGCGCUGGUUCCAUUCCCAUCCACCAGCCUGUCGCGUCGCGGAUUUCCGGUGCAAUCCACAGCCCUGGGGGACUGCUCGCAAACCAUAACGGGAACCCUCAGAUGCCCCUCAGUACUUCAUCAGGUGGUCCUCUAGCCGCCUUUGGAGGACCCCUACAAAACGAACACAAUCGACCGGUCCAACACGGUGGACCGAAUAACGGCAACACUCAACCUCAAAUGUUUGCUCCGAUGCCGCAUGCGACUGGACCGCCCUCGACACAGGCUGCUGCCAAUAGCGUGGCAGCUGUCUUUGGCGGUCCUCUACAGCAACAGCCUCAGGAGGGCCAACGAGGGGCUCAGCAGGGCGCGCCAUUCAACCCAGGAGCUACAUCAGCAGCUCAUCAACUUCCUGGAGGUAUUACCCAAGGCCAGCAGCCUAUUCUUAAUGAUGCUCUCACCUAUCUCGACCAGGUUAAAGUCCAGUUCCACGAUCAACCAGAUGUUUACAACCGAUUCCUUGAUAUUAUGAAAGACUUCAAGAGCCAGGCUAUUGAUACUCCGGGCGUCAUAAACCGAGUGUCGGAGCUCUUCGCCGGGCACCCGAAUCUUAUCCAAGGGUUUAAUACUUUUUUGCCUCCUGGCUAUCGUAUCGAGUGCGGCGCGGGCAACGAUCCCAAUACAAUCCGAGUUACUACACCUAUGGGAACCACGGUCCAGUCUAUCACUGGACGCGGAAACCAGGAUGGCCACGGUCCUGCAGCUAACCAGCCUUUGUUCCCGGAGCGGGGUGGACAAUGGCAGCAGCAGCAGCAGAGACCUCAGCAUAGUAUCGAGAGCCCAGAGGCCCAGUUCAGUACUCCAGUGCAGAAUGGUGCGAGUCUCUUUGUACAAGCUGCGGCCCACAAUGCUGCGUUCAACGAAAGCAAUCAGUCCGGUCAGCGACGGGCUCUGCCUCAAGGUAGCGCGGCUCCUGCUGAUGGUCCCAAUGCUCGUCAAGCAUUAACACCCACCCCAGGACAAGCUGCAGUCAACGGCAAUGCGGCGAACCAGGCAAACAUGGAACGCCGAGGACCAGUUGAAUUCAACCACGCCAUUAGCUACGUGAAUAAGAUCAAGAACCGCUUCCAGGACAAGCCUGAGAUUUAUAAACAAUUUCUUGAGAUACUCCAAACAUACCAGCGCGAACAAAAGCCCAUCCAGGACGUAUACGCGCAGGUAACUACUUUAUUUAAUUCAGCUCCCGACCUUCUCGAAGACUUCAAGCAAUUCCUACCAGAAUCUGCUGGCCAGGCUAAGCAAACCCCUAACCGAAUGGAAGACGGACCUCCGUCCGGUCCCAACCAGACACCUCAGCCUGCCAUGAGAGAUGGACAGAAGAUGCCUCCGCUUGGUAGCUUUGCACCACCUGCUAGUGCCACCAAGGAUAAUAAAAAGCGCCCACGAGCUGACAAACAGGCUGCCCAGCCUGCAACUGUCCUCGCGGAGGCGACUGCAGCAGCGCGCCUUGCGCCUCCUGCUGUGAACGGUAACAAGAGACCUAAAUUCAACCAUGCAAGACCACUUGGUGACACCUCAGCAGUCGAACCGACAUUGACGCCUGUCAUGCCGGAGCCUUACCCUGCCAGGUCCUCUUCAACAACGAACCAAGAGGAAAUCGCCUUCUUUGAGCGGGUCAAGAAGUACCUCAGCAACAGGUCGUCAAUGAACGAGUUUCUGAAACUCUGCAAUCUCUUCAGCCAGAACAUCAUCGACCGUAACACGUUAUUCCAUAAGGGUGCACUUUUCAUCGGUGCCAACCCUGACCUGAUGACCUUCUGGAAGACCUUUGUAGGUGUCGACACUCAAGACGUUAUUAUUGACAACCGUCCCGCGCCUCCGACAGACAAGGUGUCUCUCAGUAACUGCCGAGGGUAUGGGCCUAGUUAUCGAUUACUUCCUAAGCGGGAACGCCUUAAGCCCUGCAGUGGUCGUGACGAGCUGUGCAACUCUGUGUUGAACGACGAGUGGGCUUCUCACCCUACCUGGGCGUCCGAAGACAGCGGUUUUGUUGCUCAUAGAAAGAAUCAGUUCGAAGAAGGCCUUCACCGUAUUGAGGAGGAGCGCCACGACUACGAUUUCAAUAUUGAAGCUAACCUCAAGUGUAUCCAACUCUUGGAGCCUAUCGCACAACAGAUGCUCGCAAUGUCUGCCCCCGAAAGGGAGACCUUCCAAAUGCCCGUUGCUCUCGCAGGUCAAAGCACAUCCAUUUUCAAGCGUAUAUGCAAGAAAAUCUAUGGUGAUCGAGGUAUUGACGUCGUCAACGAUAUGUUCACUCAUCCUUUCGACGUUGUGCCUGUUCUGUUGGCCCGUAUGAAGCAGAAGGACGAGGAAUGGCGAUUCUCUCAACGUGAGUGGGAGAAGGUUUGGCAUGCUCAGACCGAGAACAUGCACCUCAAGAGUUUGGAUCACAUGGGUAUCCUGGUUAAGCAAAACGACAAGCGACAUCUCACCGCAAAGCAUCUUGUCGACGUCAUCAAGACAAAGCACGAGGAGCAGCGCCGUGAACGAUCAUUGAAGGGCGGAAUCCCUCGCCAUCAGUUCAGCUGGGACUUUAGCGACAAGGAUACCAUCAUUGAUCUGCUACGCCUAAUGAUGCUGUACAGCUUGCACAAUGGUCAGCACAGCAGCCAGGAGAAGGAGCGCAUUCUCGAAUUCUUCGAGUCUUUUAUCCCUAUGUUCUUUGACAUCCCUGAGGAUAGCAUACAGGACAAGCUCCCCAAGAUGCAGCCAGACUCUGGCGAAGAAGAAGUCGAGGAUCAUACACCUGCGGAGCUUACAAACGGUCGUACUCGACGUAACGGUCGCAAGGGUGAUCUCCUCCGAGGAGUUCUCGACCCUGGUCGCAACGGCAGCAAACAACCCCGCGGCAACAAGGAGGAUAGCACUCCCGGAAGUAAGGAGACUACCCCUGAUGUCACCUCCGCGAACGAAGAGGAAAUGCCUGACGCCUCAGAGGACGCCGCCAACACAGAGGUUUCUAACGAUCGCUGGAUGCCCAACGUUCCCAAACCCGUCGUUGUUGGCGAGAGCGACGCUAUUCUGAGUUCGGAUGGUGAGCUGAAGGCCGAUGGCUUCUUCACUCGUCCAUGGUACAACUUCUUCUGCAACCAAACUUUGUUUGUUUUCUUCAGCAUUUUCCAGACUCUGUAUAGACGUCUUCAAGAUCUCAAGGAGGCUAAGGAUGUGGUCGCCAAGGAGGUUGAACGUCUCAACAAACAGAAACCUGCCCGGGACAUUGGUUUCACAGAGAACCACAUGAAGUUCUUCGACACCAACGAUGACUCUGAUAGCUACUGGCCCAAGACCCUUGAGCUAAUCGAGGAAUACAUCUCAGGCGAUGUGGACGAGAGUCGUUAUCAGGAUGUCAUGCGACAUUACUACCUCAAGACUGGAUGGAAGGUGUAUACGAUCCAGGAUCUAUUGAAAACUCUUUGCCGUCUCGCUCUCACCUGCAGUAGCACAGACGCCAAGGAGAAGACUCCCGAUCUGAUUGCUCAGUACCAGGCCAGUCGUGAACGAGAAGAGACAAGUUUCCAGACCGAGAUCAGUGCUCGCAAGUUCGCAGAGAAGUGUGUCAAGGACGGAGAUAUCUUUGUGAUAUGCUGGCUACCUGCCAAGUCUGAGGCUACCGUACGAUGGCUUCAACGGGAGGAGACAACAUUCUAUAUGGAUGAGAUGCAGUUGCGCGAGCGCUGGCAAUACUAUAUCUCGUCCUUCAUUCGGGUCGAGCCCACCGAGGGAGUUCCUAGAUCGAAGCUCCAGAAGGUGGUGCUCUCCCGCAACCUUCCAUCUGCCGAUACCGAUAAUGACGACGAUGCUAUUCCCAAGCCUGUGUCCUAUAAGGAGAACCUGACGAUCAGCAUUUGCCUUAAGAGUUCAAAGAUGGUCUGGGCUCCUGGAACUUCGGAAUACGUCGUUUACGACCAGGCUCCCAAGUCGGCUGAGCAACGCCAACAGCGUGAGAAGUUCACCCGGGCUCUGAGCACACACCGAGAGAACAAGCUUCUCGAGAAGUGGGUGCACAACCCAGCAUGGACGAAGGAUCUCAGCCCAGAGGAGGUUCAGGAACAAAACAAGAACUUCCGCAAGUGGAUGGAUGAUGGCGUCGUUCCGCCCAGCGCUACUGAAGAUGUGGAGAUGGACUAG